CAUCCCCUUCAUUCGCCACAACAUACGAUCGCCUUGGUGGCAUCUUGCCUCUGUUCAACGGGGGAUGGCGGAAAGUGCAGUUGAGAUGGUUUUUUGGAAAGAAGGAACGGGGACUAGAGGGCUUCCCAUACUCAGCGCGUCCCGAUCGUGUCUCACCAGAGGCAUCGUCGCUAAUGUUCCUUGUUCGACAUCCUAGCGUCCACGUGGUACGAAAUAGAGCGUCUCCUCCUCGGAGGAUAACCUGUAAAUUCCUGUCUGCACUCAUCGCGUUAUUUCUUGAACACAAACUCCAACAGAAACAAUGUUUGCACUCACUAGCUUCGAGUUGAAAGUUGGAUGAGACGGUCUUGAGAAUGAUGGAUGUCAACCCGUCCAGGAAGGUCCGGGAUCGAUCGUGAUCACCGAACAUUACCGGACGAAGACUCAGGAGGUGAAUGCAAGAGAAUUCAGUGCAACCUCCAACGUUUAAGUCCAUCAAGUUCAUAUUCCUCAGUCAACGAGAUAAAACAUGUCUGAGUCAACAGGGCAUUCAUCUACGUCUCACAAGCACAAGGUUGUUGUUACUCGAAAUCUGGGUCCGGAUAUAAUGCCCUUAUUAUUAGACCACCCUGACUUAGAGGUCAUCACUUGGCCAGAAGAUCGUGUUUGUGAUCGGUCUUGGUUUCUGGCCAAUCUACCUGGGGCGAGCGGUGCUCUAGUCAUGCUUUCAGAAAAGAUCAACGCUGAAGCGUUGGAUAAGGCCGGUCGAACUCUCAAAGUAGUCUCCACAAUGUCCGUUCGUUACGACCAUGUCGACCUUGAUGCUAUUGCGCAGAGAGGAGUGAAACUAGGCCACACUCCAGAUGUCCUGACAGAUGCAGUGGCUGAUCUCUCUGUGAUGCUGGCCCUCAUGGCUGGUAGAAACUCCAAAGAAACGACUAGUAUCGUCCAGAAUGGCGAGUGGCCUAACUUCAACUGGGCACCGUUUUCUUUCUGUGGCCCUCAGCUCAGCGCGAGCUCUUUCAGUCCAACCCGCACCGCUGGAUUCAUUGGCUUCGGACGGAUAGCCCAGGCCACACUCGCUCGCCUAAUACCCUUUGGAUUCACGCACUGCCUGUUCACUGGCAAUCCCACCUCUAAUUCUUCUUCAUCCGUGGCUUCCUCGAUUCAGGCGAAAUACCCUACUCUUAAAGCCGUUCGCCGUGUAGGUCUGGAUGAACUCGCUAGAGAGAGUGAUGUGGUGUUCGUGCUUGCUCCUGGAGGAGAUAAGACCUAUCACAUUGUCAACGAAGCAUUUCUGAAGCAGAUGAAAAAGACUGCGGUCCUCGUUAAUACCAGCCGUGGUACCUUGGUUGAUUCUGACGCUCUGAUAAAGGCUUUGAGGGAAGGUUGGCUCUGGGGCGCAGGCUUGGAUGUUGUUGAAGGUGAACCUAACAUCGGUUUGGAUCAUCCGUUGGUUCGAGAACCCAGAUGCGUAGUUCUUCCACAUAUUGGAAGUGCGACGAAUGAAUCUCGGCUAGGCAUGGCUACUCUGGCGGCACAAAACCUCAUUGCAGGUGUCUUGGGAGAGCCUCUCCCGGCAGAGCUGAAGCUCACGAAAUGAUGUACGGAUACUCAAUAUUUGAUGUUCAGUGUUCAAUAGAAGAUAUCGGUGUAAAACUAGACAUCUCAUCGACAGUGUAUCAAAGCGAGUAUGAUAAUGCUACAGAACUACAGGCGAAUAUCGCUACGGCUACAGAGGAUGGUAC